AGAGAGAGAGAGAGAAAAAAAGAGAUCCGCGCGACGUCUUCAAACCUAGCUCUUAAUGAUACCAACCCCCAUCCCCCCCCCCUUCUGAUCCGUAUUUGCGAUAACAUUUUCUGUUUUUAAUUGUAGAAACACACAAACACACAGAGCGUGAUGAUUUAGAGUUUUAUUAAUUUUAUAUUAUUUUUAUCAAACGGAACACCUGGCCCCACCGUGGGCUUCCUUUCCUUUUCCUUCCCUUCUUUUUUUUUUGUUUGAAUUUUAAACCGCCUUCCGAUCGUGCGUGCGUGCGAUCGCACAAUUUUAAGUUUGUUCGUUUGUUCGUUUAAGAUUAAGCAUACUGGGCCGUGCGUUAGUAGAGAAGCUGCUGGAAUAAUUUAAUUCGAUAAAAGUAGACAACAGCUACCACAAAUCACAGAAACAGUACAGAAAGAGAGAAAGGGGAGCUAGGAAACAUUAGCACACACAUAGAAAACCCAACACCGGAUACAAUGAGCUAACGCGGAUCUAUCAAGCCGUUGGUCCUUUUCGAAAGCUUGUUAAUCACAACUGACCUGCCCGUUUUGUUCCACCGGUCCGAACCGUUCCCGUCCGGUUGUGGCCACCAGCACCGACAAACGAAACAAAAACCAAUCCUGCCAAAUAUGAAAGAGCAGCAACAACAAGAGAAGGGUGGCAAACACAGGGCUGUAUAUGAUCCAGCGGACGCCACCCGUAAAUGUUCAAAGUACAAACACGGGAAAUCGAAUAGGGAAAAUGGGUGCACACGGUGCGGACGGAACGAACGCGGAACCGGAGCAAGGUGUGCAAAAAGUUGUUCAAAAAGUUGUUGGCAUGUCAAUGAAUUAGUAUUCACUUUUCGAAGGGUUGACGAUCGCGUUUUAAUGCUUAUGUUUGUGGGCAUGUUUUCUAGUUUUUCCUCUUUUUUCGGCAAGUUUUUUUUUUAAUUUUUCGGUUUGAUUGGCGCGAGCACGUGAGCACGUUGCCGUACGUUUAAGUUGCGAAUGUUUCUCAAAACUUGUAAUUAAAUGCUGUAAGAUAAUAGUUACGUUACGGUAAGGCUCUCCGAUUUUAAGGUGCGUGUAGAGUUUGUAGCAGAUCAACGCGGCGAUCGCGCUUUGUUUGUUUUUUUUUAGACAAAAGAACGGUUUAGUGUUUUAGAGGAGGGUGUAAAUUAAACAAACUGGUUCCGUGGAGCCGGUUUCGAUGUACAUUUUAUCCAUGUUACACACGCCCGCGUAUAGGUAUAGAUAGAGCCGCGAAAGACAGCCAGACAGACAGGACAUGGUUGGUGCGAUCGAUCCGUCGAACGAUCAUCAGCAUCCGAUGAUCGGCUUGAAUGGCUGGCUGAAGUGGGCCCUCAAAACUGUAUAAAUUGUAUCAUCUUUGGUUUAAGGUAGUGUUCUAAGGUUCUGUUAAGGUUAGGGAAACCGCUUAUCAUGUUGCCCCUUUUUCCCACGCACUCACACAAACACACCUACACCACACCCACACCGCAACACAUCUCUUUUUAAUGUUAUUAAUUAUGUUAAGGACUGGGAGGCGGUCCACGGUCCGGGCCGCAGUCUGUGUUCGGUGUAAUACUAGACGUAAGAGCUCGGUUUUCUUUUUUAAUUCAAUCGUUUUUAGUCGCGGUUUCCGUUUCUGCUAUUUUUUUUUGUUUUACAUUUCAAUCCACCCUUACGGUGGACGGCUAGUGCGCGUGUCUUGUGUGGCUUGCAUUGUGUUACUGUAGUAUGUUAAAAUGACCCCGUAAAGUCCCGUGUACAUAACUGGGUGGUGCGUCCAUACCGUUUCGUUCGCUGCUUUUUCGUUUGUGCAAUUUUUCUUCCUAAUUAGCGAGAUAGCAACCGAAAGGGGGAGAGAGGGAGGGGGGAGAGAGAGAGAGAGAGAGAGCUGGAACAGGACAAAUGUAAAUGUGAAUAAAGAAAGUCCCAUCUAUGAAGAUCACUGAGCAAAGUGCGUAGUGCGCGAGUUAAAAUUUUCACUGCCCCCCGCCCUUCCAACCUCAAACAACAUCGGCCGCAAUUCCACUGGUCCAAGUAGAAGCAAAGCUAGAGAGAGGAUAACUGAUACAAAUUAGACCAACGAGCGUAUGGCACAUGCCAGGGCGCGCUCUGCCUUCUUUUUAAUACCAUUUCAAGCAUGCGCGAGUCGGAAGAAGCCGGCAGGUUGACUACCGUAAAGGCUUUCAGGCUUUUGUGUUUAGAAUCUUGAUCUCAUUAAUUUAUUCCUCUGCUUUCAUUGCUUCCGAUACGAGCUCUUUUCUUUUUUUUUUUUGUUUCGUUUUUUUGUUGAAUCACCAGUUUUUGGUUUUUGUUAUCCUUGCAAUCCUCGCUCUCUUUUCCUUUCUCCUUCUCUUUAUUUCUUCUGAUCGCGUGUUUGCAUAAUAUCUUUCAUAUUUCCUUCAUAUCUUCUUCCCUUUCAAAACAAAAGACCUCAAUGCUCAAUCCUAACACCAUACAACACCUUCGGUACGGACAAAUCGUGUCGUGGCGGAUUUCUGUACCGAGUGUGUCGUUCCACGGGCGAUGCAAGGCAAUAAGAGAAAAAAACAACCAAACAGGGUGCAGAGCACUACACUCUGCAAAGCAUAACACGGCAUGUAUAGAGCAAUAGCAAGUACUGUAGAGCAAUAUUGUUUAAAAGAAGGCUAAAAGUGUAAUUUUCUUCCUUUAUUCCUCCCUCACUUUCCCACCAUCACCACCCACAGAGAAAUCCUGCAACUAAAAAAAUAGAGCAAAAGGAAAGGAAUGCGUUGCCCUAAACCACAAUUAAAAUAAAAUGAAAUCAUGAACCACACAGCACAAGCAAACCAACAAACAAACACAUCGCGUAAAUCAUAGUACGAAAGCAUAAGGGCUCCCAGCAGCAGCUGAAGCUGAAGCAGAAGAAAGAAGCAGAACUUUACUAGAACAAAACCAACAAUCAAAUGAAAUCAACCAACCAACCACAAACUUGUCGAUAUGGAAAUAGUUUAUAUAUAUAUAUAUGUUACACGUGUUUGCCGAGAUGAUUUAUAUUGCGCGCGCGACCGCGAUCACCGCUCCAUCACAAUAAGUCCCAUAGACACACAAUACACACUUUCGAGGUGGCAGCGAGCGAAACAUCGCAAAACAGGACAACAAACUAAACAUAAAUGUAGUAAAUGGGCGUAAAACUGUGUGUUAGAACGAGAUAGAGAGAGAGAGAAAGAGAGAGCGAGAAAGCGAAAGAUGCUGUGCUGGUGGAUCGCUAGUGAUCGCGUGUUUUUUUUUUUUGUAGAAUCGUGUGCUUAUUUACCUACUUACGGUAUGAGCAUGCAGUGGCGGCCGGGCCGCGGAGGCCUAGCUGGCAGUGGCAGUGGUGUAAAAUUAUUUUUUUUUAAGUUUUUAAAGAUCGUGCGUUUCGUCGGAAAUGUGAAAAAUAAAACGCUAUAUAAAUUAUA